AUGGCUGUCUCUCCCGCUGUUUUGGCCGAGGCCAUCACCGAAAAAAAGCCUGAGGGCCUUGCUCUCUACUCGCGAUUCGCUUUUGCUGGUGCUGUCUGCUGUUCCGUCACUCACAGCGCCUUCACUCCAGUCGAUGUCGUCAAAACUAGGAUACAGCUCGACCCUGUCACUUACAACCGUGGUAUGAUUGGCGGCUUCCGGCAAGUCAUCCAAAAAGAGGGUGCCGGCGCUCUCUUGACUGGUUUCGGUCCAACUUUUACGGGCUAUUUCAUGCAGGGUGCCUUCAAAUUCGGCGGCUAUGAGUUUUUUAAACAGCAAUCUAUCAAUGUUAUUGGGCUCGAAAAGGCCCGCCAAAACCGUGCGGCCGUUUACUCUGUCUCUGCCGCCUGCGCUGAGUUCUUCGCCUCUAUUGCUCUCUGCCCUCUCGAAGCUACUCGUAUCCGCCUCGUCUCUGACCCUAGCUUCGCCAAGGGUCUGAUCGGUGGUUUCGGAAAGAUUCUUAAGAAUGAAGGAAUUGGGGCUUUCUAUAGCGGUUUCGGGCCUAUCCUCUUCAAGCAGGUUCCCUACACGGUGACCAAAUUUGUCGCGUUCGAAAAAGUUGCCGAGGUUAUCUUUGCCCGCCUUGACAAGUCCAAGCUGUCAAAUGGUGCCCAGACCGGUGUUAACUUGGGAUCUGGUCUGAUUGCCGGUUUUGCUGCGGCCAUUGUUUCUCAGCCUGCGGAUACUAUGCUAUCCAAGAUCAACAAGACCAAGGGUCUGCCCGGUGAGAGCACACUCUCGCGCCUCGUCAAGAUUGCUGGCGAGCUUGGUCUCCGCGGUUCCUUCGCUGGUCUUCCUACUCGUCUAUUCAUGAUUGGUGGUCUGACUGCUGGCCAAUUCGCUAUCUAUGGUGACAUCAAGAAGGCUCUUGGUGCCACUAAUGGGGUUGAGAUUUCCAAGUAA